GGAGAAACUGAUGACCGGGCACAUGCGAGAGCCAGUCAGUCGUGUGUCAGCCUCUGUAAGGGUGCGGUACCUGCCUAUACCUCAGUGUGUAAGCGACCCUCCUUGUGGUCGUUAAGUGUCACCGUGCCAUAGUGGACCUUCGGGACUUUAGCCAUUCUUUGCUCGCUCUCUGUUGAACGACACCAUACACUGUCUGCGCCGCCGCAGCCCGUCCGACAUGACUAUACUAAGAUUACUUCUUCCGCUCCUGGCGUGCGUGGCGGCGGCUAGGGGAGACGCAGAAGCCUUCCACAAUGGAUUUAUUCCGACCAGACAUUCAGGGUUCCUGAGAGGUAGCGGAGGCCGCAGUAUCUCUUCGGGCCCCCCUCCCCCCCGCUCGGACAACAGCCACUGCGCCCUCCUCAUCCCAGGCCCAGGGAAGACCUCAGCCAAGGACCACGCACUGAGCGUCUUCAAUGGCAUCCCGUCCCCCCACGCAGCUGAGGGCUUCACGUGCAUCACCUUCCAGUCAGUGGACGCCGCCUUCAUCGCCGCCAGGGACCGCCACGGCCUUCCCCGCCCUGGACGCCAGCCUAACUCCAACGACCUGUCCAACUUGGCCACGGUGCUGCUCGAGGCCACGCGGAUCAUAGCGCAGGAGUACAACCUCCCGAAGGACGUUCUUGUCAACGGCAUCCCACUCAUAGACAGCUUCAAGACCAUCGUGGGAUCCAUUUGCCCGGACUUCAUCAAGCCUGUAACCUGCACUCCCAAACGAUACCGCGAGUAUGACGGCCGCUGCAACAACUUGGAGAACCCGGCUUGGGGAUCAAGCUUCUCAUCCUUCAAGCGCCGCCUUCCUCCUGACUUCGCUGACGGUAAGAUCUUCUGCCCCCGGGUUGGGGCCGGGGGGUACCCACUCCCCUCGCCAAGGAUCGUCUCCGCCCACCUGCAUCGCGACGAAGGCCUCCACGACCACGCCGUCACCAUCAUGCUCGUGGCUUGGGGACAGGCGAUCGACCACGACCUCACGUUUACCUCGGAGACGAAGGACCCCCACACCAAAAAGGAACCGAAGUGCUGCGACGGCGAGACCCACCCUGCCUGCUUCCCCAUCCACGUGCCCGACAAGGACCCCUUCUACUCCCUCUUCAGACAGAACUGCAUCUCCGUCGUGAGGUCUCUGCCUGGCGUCCGAUACGGUUGCAAGUUCGGUCCGAGGUCGCAGAUCAACCAAAUCACAUCCUACAUCGACGCCAACUGGGUCUACGGCAGCAACGAGCAGACAGCUAACCGCAUCCGUCUCCAUCGCGGAGGAUUGAUGAAGUCCCUGCCGGUGUUCCGCGAGUACGGCAUGAAGGACCUGCUGCCCCUGAAGCUGGAGGAGCCCGAGGAAGGCUGCAUCAGACCCAACAACGACGUCUACUGCUUCGACGCCGGAGACAACAGGGUCAACGAGCAGCUGGUUCUGGCCGUCGUGCACACCAUGAUGAUGCGCGAACACAACCGCAUCGCCAUCGAGCUCUACCGCUACAACCCCCACUGGGAUGACGAGACGCUGUUCCAGGAAACCCGCAAGAUCGUGGCGGCCAGCAUCCAGCACAUCACCUACAACGAAUUCCUGCCCAUGGUUUUGGGUAAAGAGGUCAUGCACAAGUACGGACUCAUCCUCGAGAAACACGGCUAUUUCGACGGCUACGACCCCACCAUCGACGCCUCUAUGUCCUCGAACUUCGUCACCGCCGCCUUCAGGUUCGGCCACUCCCUCCUGCCGUCCACCAUCGAGCGCUGGAGCCCCGCCCACAAAUACGUCGCAUCCCAGCGUCUGAGCUUCAUGUUGAGACAGCCUUAUGACUUGUACAAGGGCGGAUGGUGCGAUCAGUACAUCAUGGGACUCUGCAACCAGGUCGCACAAGCUAUGGACGACGCGGUCACUCAGGAGGUAACCAACCACCUGUUCCAAGAACCGGACAAGAAGUGGGGCAUGGACUUAGCCGCCAUCAACAUGCAGCGUGCCCGAGAACACGGCGUGCCCUCUUACAACGCCUUCAGGGUCUUCUGCGGGAUGCCCAAGAUCAAUCGCUUCGACGACCUCCUCGGCUGGAUGACCAACAAGACGGUGAAGCGGUACUCGGACGUCUACAGGCACCCCGACGACAUCGACCUGUGGAGCGGAGGUGUGAGCGAGCGCCCUCUGCCCGGCUCCAUGGUUGGCCCGACGUUCAGCUGCCUCAUCGGCCUCACGUUCAAGGAGCUUCGCUACGGAGACCGCUUCUGGUACGAGAACCGCGGCGGAUACGAUUCCGACUUCACGCUGGAGCAACUUGAAGAGAUCCGUAAAGUGAAGCUGUCCAGGAUCAUUUGCGACAACAGCGACGACAUCAAGACCAUGCAGGUGUACGCGAUGGUGCUGCCCGACCACGAAAUAAACCCGCGCGUCCCUUGCAACUCCGGGAUCUUGCCCAGGAUGGAUCUCAGCAAAUGGCGGGACCCCCACGGCCCGCACCCCCGCGUACGUCCUGGCUUCUAAGUAGCAACUCUCCCCUAACUCCUUACCCCCCCCCCCCUCCAACUCUCAGUCUCCAUCAAUGCUGCAACUCCCCCAUGCCCCUUGCCCGCAACCCCCUCCUUCGACCUCCCAGCCUCUCAGAAGUCAUCGCUUAACCAGUGCUUCCUCCGCCUUGCUGUCAUCCUCGUCCCAAUCCGUCCACAUUACCGCAGCACCUCCUCCUUCAGCGCCCCCUUCUGCGGCAUGGAUCCUCCUUGUGCUAUGCUGUACUGUGCCGUCGACCACUCCUUCAUGUGCUAACUCUCCUCGGUGGAUGGAUGGUGAUGAUGAUGAUGCCCCUCCCACGUCUCUCUCUCUCUCUCUCUCUCUCUCUCUCUCUCUCUCUCUCUCUCUCUCUCUCUCUCUCUCUCUCUCUCUCUCUCUCUCUCUCUCUCUCUCUCUCCUUACACCAUAUUGCUUCCUCUCUUUCUUAUUUUCCCUCUUCUCCAUAUCUCUGUCAUCUCCGGUUUCCCCUUCCCCUUCCAACCACGUCUCGAGACGUGCCAUCAGCAACUCAUAAGAGGCUGUUGUUCCUUUUUGUACCUCAAGCCUUCCACUUCCCACUUCUCCUCCUCCAGCGGCGUCAUACUUUAAUUUUCAAACGGGAAACCUGGGGGGAAAGAAAAUAAAGAGAAAAGGCUAGAAAUAGAGAUAGAGAGUAGUGAAAAGACGUAUCUCUAAGCAGCCUCUCCAUUCCAUCCACCAAACCUGAAAUUCCCAACCCAUGGCUUCAUAGCAGCAUGAAGAAGAGAGGGGUCUUCUACGCAAAAAUCAAUGUUUCGAUUAUAUAUAUAUUUUCUUCUCUUAAAAAGACUUUCUAAUCUAGAUUCUAAUGUGAUUUAUUUUCUUUUAUUGUUUUCCGUUUUCUGUGAGUGUUGCCGUCUGCUUAUCCCUCUUCUUUAUUAGCAGCACUUAUUUUUUUCUCAGAAGAUCUUAGAUGCAUGUGUAUAUUUUACCAUUAUAUUAUUGUAAUUAUCAUCAUAUUACUUUUUCCUGCCAGAAUAUAGUUUAUUGAUAGAGCGUAUACAAAAUAUCCGCGUCAAUUGCCAUACCGGAAGUAUAUGUGUGAAAAAGAAUCACCUUCCCGUUCUGUGAAAAUCGCAUAUAAAGCAAUGUAAGAAUAAAAGUGUCAUUGUAAAUAACAUCCAUUUUUUAUGAACUGAAUGAAAUGUUAUCAAAGAAAAUGGGAAGGACUGAUCAGUUCUUAUAAAAUCUAUAUUCUUUAAGAAAUCGCAUAUUGAAAAAAAAAAAAUUAAUACUUCGUAUGGAAUGGUAAAUUUGCAUGAAAACACAAACUUUUAAAAUGUUUGGAAUUUGCAUAAUGCAGACACAGAUACA